AUGUUUAUUGCUUUCAAUUUGGUACACAAUAAGAUAGUAAUAGAGUAGGUGUAAGUACUUGCAGCUCCUAAUCUCUUUGGAAUUGUUCUUCUUUUAAGCCUUGCUUCAUCUUUAUGCACAAAGCUGCAUUAGCCUCGUUUUCUGUGACUUAUUUAUCUCAGUCUGACAGUACUCUUUCGUGUUCGUAUAACUGACUUGCAAGGUUCUCAACUUCCUUCUUUGACAUUAACAGCUAACUGGACUUUAGUUCAAGUUAUUCCGGAGGUAAAGUGUCUAGUAUCUUGCACAUCAGGAGAAUUUGGCAUUAUUUCGUCUAGCUCUGUAGCUCCGUAAGCAGUUUGCUCUAGGUAUUCUCCAAAAUUGACACAUGAGUAAUUAAUGUCGUGGUCUUUCUUGUAGCUGAUGAAUUUCAGGCAUACAUCGUACGUCUUGUCUACACACGUACCUUAAAGAUAUGCUCUAGUUCGCCUCAGAUUUCUUGGCAGAAUCAAAUCGCACGAAUCUUUGCAGACGGUAUUUUCUUCUUACCUUCGAGAUUGCCAAAGCCUCCCAACAUCGGCAUUACCUUGAGCACUAUUAAAAUUUUGAAUCUCCAGGUUUUGUAACAUUAGGAGUCGAAUUUCCCUAUUUGAAUCUCUAGGUACUAAAGUUUAUGCUUGCUCCAUUUUUACUCAGCUACCACUUCAACAUUAAUAGAGUACUGAAAGCCCACCUUGAGAGCCUCUUCCAGGGGAUUCAAGUGAUGCUUGAAAUAGUUUAAAUAUGAACAAAGGUAUUUUUCUUCAGAGGUUUUUAAUCAAUAAAUUUUACAAAGCUUCUCUCUUACCGAUAAAAAAUGAAUGCCAGACAAAAAUAGGAUUAUCCGUUUUACGCGCCAAAAGUGAUACUUUGGCGGACUUACGCGAACUGUCAUAUUAAUAUAACCUAAGGUUGGUACACUGUAUUGAUCAUACACUUUUAUUAACAAAUACUGGAAAUGAUAUUAAGGCUACAUUGUCAAACCUGGAAUAAUACAGAAUGAAAUGAGUACAGAAAGUAUAAAUGCUAAUAGAACAAAUAAGCUCUUAAAUCUGUUUACGACAUUUAUUAUUUUUGAUUAAUUAAAUAAAUGUCUUGACAAAUGAGGUAUAUACAACCCUCUUAAUGUUGUAUUCAUGCCUUAAAAUUAUAGGGAGCGUGCAUGAACUGUAGGGGGCAGCACAGAAGCCGUCAGAUUUUUUGGCGCGAGGCGUAAAUGUGAUGUUUAUUGUUACGAUGUAGCCCACAAGAUGGCAGAACCUACUAUACACAAGAAAACACGUGACGUGUAAAUUUACAUGUUUAUUGUUCCGAUUCAGGCCACAAGAUGGCAUACCCUCCAACGCGCACGGUACCUAUAUCCAUUUGUAGUGACAUCUAGUAAUGUAGUUUACAUAAUCGGAAGUCAACUUUACCCAAAAGUAGGUUGUCCGGAAUGAAAUUACAGAAAUCGCUACCAUCGUUACUAACUUUAACUAUAUUGCUAGUGUCCCCCCCCCCCCCCCCCGCAACCGACCCUUACUUUACUCUUUGGCCCCAAGUCCCCAACGUUGUCUGUUAUCAAUACAGAAUUAAAUACUCGAGCCAAUAUUGAUACAAUAUUGAUUACAGACUCUUAUAUCUAUGGUCGGCUUUGUUGCCUGCCUGCUUUGCACACUCACAAAGAAAAAGAUGCAAAACUGUAAAUAUAGAUAAGAAUGAGAAUUAUAUUAAAACUUGUUAUACAUUUUAUUUGCUUUUAGAUCUAUGACUAAAUAUGUCUAAAUUCUGACACCAAAACAAUCUGGUCAUAUCUAUUAAAAUUAUCAGAGUAAUUUUAAGUUACCAUGAAAAUUCUAAGUAAAAAUGUCAUCCCUCACGCAAAAUGCUGGCUAAAAAUUACUAAAAGAUGUAUAGGGGGGUCCGAGGAUCCCCCUGUGACCGCACCAUGUGCUCCAGAUAUGGUGGAGCGAGGCAUCUGUGCCUCGGAGCCGUGUGAGCCAGGGACGUGCUACCCCGAGCCGCGCGUCGUCAUCAUCGGAGCCGGCAUGGCGGGCCUAUCUGCAGCUGUGCGCCUCACGCAGCGUGGCAUCAAUAACUAUGUCAUUCUAGAAGCGUACGAAAGGCCGGGGGGUCGAAUACGUUCGGUAUUUUUAAGCGACGUGGUUGCUGAGCUCGGUGCUGGCUAUGAUUUUUCCCAUUGUCCUAGUCACCCUAUUUAUAAAAUGGCAGCCCAAGAAAAUCCUCCCCGUCCCGGCGUGCCUGCCACGGCACAUCCGCGUGGCCUCUUUCACAAGGUAGCUGCAGGAAAAAUGGAUUGUAGACCAGUUAUUACGGCUUACUAUAAAUUUCGACAGAUCGAACAGGAAGCGGCUUCAAUUUUCUGUCUCGGAGGGAGUAAGCAGCAUGGAUCUUUAGUAAAUUUUAUGAGUUUGAGAAUCCAGCAAGAGCUGCAUGAGUUUCCAGAAGACCAGCAGCACGACGCGGCCAGGAUAAUGUUCGGGCUGUCACACAUGCUGACCGCGCGCUGUGGGUAUGACAGCGCCAUGCUGUGCUUCGACCACAUCGGCUGCUACAUGUCCAUGCCGGGUGGUGCCGUGCGUGUGCCCCUCGGGACUCUAGGUGCAUUAGCACCGCUGCUUAGAAUUAUUCCUGAAGGUCGAAUACGCUACUGUAAACCCGUAAGUUGUGUCUACUGGGGAACUGCUCAGAAACAAGGACAUCGCGCAAUAGUGUGUACACCUGAUGGUGAGGAAUUCCACUGUGAUUAUGUAAUUAGUACCGUUUCUAUUGGCGUCCUUCUUGCACACUCUUCAAGGCUAUUUUGCCCUCAACUGCCGUUACCCAAAAUGUGUGCGAUGAACUAUAUCGGAAAUGGUUUAUUUGAUAAUAUUUAUUUUGCAUAUUAUCGCCCAUUUUGGUUUUGGCACAAUGCAGAUAUAGACUUCAAAUGUUGUCAUAGCCAGUUAGGCGGUGGAAAUGAUUGGACCCGGGGAAUCACAACCAUCCAGAAGGUACCUAGCAGCAAUAAUGUCCUUUGCAUUCGAGUGGUUGGAGAGGAAGCACGAAUGAUGGAGACCUUGAGUGAUCAGGACUUGGCGGAGAGCAUUACCAGUCUAUUGCGGUGUCACACUGGUAACAAUUGCAUUCCGUAUCCCAUGACAAUCGUAAGAUCAAACUGGGCUUCAGAUCCAUUUUUCAUGGGAUCUUAUUCGUAUGAAAAAUCGGAUUCCUGCGGUCAGGCUCAGAGAACUCUCGGCUGCCCAGUCCCUGGGCCAGGCGAGUCGUGCCCCCCGAUCAUCCUGAUUGCGGGGGAAGCCACGACGCCCUAUCACUUUGGUACUAUAGCCGGCGCGAGACUCAGCGGCAUAAGAGAAGCGGAAAGAAUAGUUCAAUUAACGUUGCAAUUUGAAGGACCUCCUCUCCGUGAUCUGCGCCGGGAAGAUAUGAAUGCGGAAGCAAAGAAAUGUGAAGCUAAAAACUAACUAUCUAAAAAUAUUGCUGCUGCUGUAUAUAUAUAUAUAUAUAUAUUGUUUUUAAUAACAACGUUACUUAUUUUUUUUA